CGUAGGUUCAAUAACAGCGGUGCGCUGCUAGCAAUUGCUCUCUGGGUCGGACUAGGCACCAGUAUUGCGUAGUAUUGUGAAUUUUCAGAUAUUUCUGGUUGUAUUCCUGCGGUAGAUCAAAAGUGCGUGUUGGUCGUUAUCACGGGCCGGCUGAACGUAGUGUGAACCGCGAUCUCGAACCGAAAUUUCAACGCUAGUUCAGAACGCGCGUUCUGUCAAACGCUUCCGGUUCGCAUUGUUGACUUGCGCAGUAGCGCAAAUUUUAUAAGAUGUGGUCAUUCGGUUGAUGCUAAUCGGUGUUUACUGUGUGGGACAGUUGCCUUUAAUUGUAAUUUUUUAUCGAGUCGCGUACUAAGUUUCCCGGCACCAACGAAAUACUGUAAGCAACACGACCAAGAGUCAUCGGUCACCUGCUAUAGUAGGCUCGGACAUUUGUUAACCUGAACAAGGUACGGGCGAGAUGAGAAACUGCAAAUUUGCGUGUGUGCUAAUAAGGAAAAAGGAGUCGAAAUGCUAGAGUGAAGAAAGUGCUUCAAGUGUCGCCCAGUGUUUGAAGCAAAUGCCUCGCCAUGUCCUUCGCUAACGGCUAGAACCUGUUCGCAAUUGUUUACCUUUUCCUGUGGUCACCCUUGUAGUCUGUGGAAGCUCUCCAGUCUGUACUGUGCUGGUGCAUUCUGUCUAUCGUUGGAUAGCAGGCACUUGGCUUAUACGCAGGCCGCAGCACCCAAUUGUGCGACUGUCAAUCGCAGUGUCAGCGGAAAUACUCUGUUUUUGUGCAUUUGCGAUGCGACCAUCGCUACUGUAAAAACAAACUUUUUGUGAACGGGUAACGCGUGAAUCGAAAUGCAAGCAUCAACUGCAAAUUAAUCGACGAUAAAGAUAGCGCCCAAGAUCUGAUAAAGAGUCACUGUGACGGCGUGAGCUGACUCCAUUGCAAGGCAAGACCGAUCGUUUGUUCAUUUCGAUCUCGACACCCGGCUAAGUGAAAUUUCCUAGAAAUUGUGCUGAGCGAUGCCGGCCGUCGCGAUUGUUGUUUACGCCAACUGAGGUUGUUUUCUCGUUUCUCCCGACCGUGUUUAGAACAGCCUAAAAGUUUCCGUGUCGUUCUGUCGCUUUAUUAAAACGUACGGCCAUCGCUAGGAGUGCCUGGAGGACAACUCGUUUAAACUAAAAUUUUCCAGACAAAAUCUCGAAAGUGUGCUAUAGAAAUUUUCGCGACUGUGUCGGCAUUUCCUCUUGAAAAAUUAUGUCAAGUUGAGUCAGUUCCUGACAGUCGCCAGUGAUUUCCAUUUACGAUUCGACGAUUGUAAACAACAGGCAGGUUCUGCUCCUAUCUCAAUGUUCAGUUGUCUCCCGGUCCAAAGUGAAGCAAUCGGCGGCCCCUCUCGCGAAUUGAGAGGCAUUGGUGAAGAUAAAUGAACCUGAUCUGUUAAUGAUAUCACAGAAGCUCUUCCAUUACUUGCGCUAAGGAUACAUGAUUAACUUAAGACGAUAAAAAGUUUAACUGAUAUUUCUAAUCACAUAUAAAAAUCAAGAAAGAAUUAACAUUUACCAGUCAAUUCAAAGGAUUUUGCAUCACAGUUCCAAUAGAAGAAAAUAAAAUUGUGUAAAAACACGGAGGACACUGAAACGAGAUAUACUAAAUUGGAAUAAAAUCGAUUUUUUAAAAAUUCUUUUCCAAUAAUUUAUAUAUUUUCAAUAUUCUUACUUUAUUUCCUGUUCCUGGCUAUUUUCGUUAUCUUUGUCUGUACAUUUUUAUACAAUUAAUAAAUAUGUGAAAUCUGGUGCGAUCCUUAAAAAAAUAAGGUUAUUUAUGAAUUGCAAGUAGUAAAUUUAAGUAAAUACAAUAAAAUAAAAUUAGAAUAAAAAAGAAAAUUAGAACAAAAGAAAUAAUAAAAACUACAUCUCGUGAUUUCAGUUGUCGAUGUUCGAUUAAAAAACAAAAAUUCAAGUAAAAUGGAUAAAAGUCGAAAAAAUUAACGAAAAAUCAAAAAAAUAAAUAGACAUUCAAAUAAAAUAAAAAACUAAAUAAUCUGAAAGAAAUAAUAGUUCGGGAAAAUUAUCAGAAUCAGAAUAUCUUCUAAUACAAAAUAAACUAAUAAAAUACGUAAAUUGAAAUAGUCAUAAAUAAAAUUUUAUUCAAUAAAACAAUUUAAAUAUGGAAAAAAAAAUGUCAUCGGUUCAACCUCGUAUCCUUAAAAAGAAACAUUUUCGUGUUAAACAUCAAAAGGUUAAACUUUUUCGUGCCAAUGAGCCAAUUAUAAGCGUUUUUAUGUGGGGCAUCAAUCAUACGAUAAAUGAACUUAGUCACGUUAAUAUUCCGGUCAUGCUAUUGCCAGAUGACUUUCGAGCGUAUUCUAAGAUAAAAGUUGAUAAUCAUUUAUUCAAUAAAGAAAAUAUGCCAUCACAUUUCAAAGUAAAAGAAUAUUGUCCGUUAGUCUUUCGUAAUUUACGUGAACGUUUUGGUAUUGAUGAUGUUGAUUAUCGUGAGUCAUUGACACGCUCACAACCAAUGCAAAUUGAUUCAUCUGGAAAAUCUGGUGCACAAUUUUAUCAGAGUUAUGAUAAAUUUUUUAUUAUAAAAAGUUUAACGUCCGAAGAAAUUGAAAGAAUGCAUGCAUUUUUAAAACAUUACCAUCCGUAUAUUGUUGAACGCCACGGAAAGACAUUGCUACCACAGUAUCUGGGAAUGUAUAGGUUAACUGUUGAGAGUGUACAAUACUAUUUUGUUGUUAUGCGAAAUGUUUUUAGUUCACAUUUAACAAUACACAAAAAAUUCGAUUUAAAGGGUAGUACGGUUGAUCGUGAAGCAUCAGAAAAAGAAUUAGAAAAACCUUUACCAACAUAUAAAGAUAAUGACUUCAUGAAACAAAAAAUUCGAAUACAAAUUGGUGAAGUUUCCAAAGAAAAAUUAGUGGAAACUUUGAAAAAUGAUGUUGAUUUUCUUACAAAGCUACAUAUUAUGGACUAUUCCUUGCUAGUCGGUAUACAUGAUUGUGUUCGGGCUGAGGAGGAGGCGGCAGCACAAAGUGAAAAUGCCAGAGAAAAUGCCGGACGCGGUGAAACUAGUGAAAGUGAAGAAUGUGAUAGUGGUGAAAGGUUUACAUACAAUACGCCACCUGAUUCGCCAAGAUGCAUUGGACAAUACAAUGAGAUAAUUCACGAUAUUGAUAUUUAUGCCAUACCUAGUCUAGAAGAGAAACAAGAAAUUUAUUUCAUGGCUAUCAUCGACGUUUUAACGUUGUAUGGAGUUAAGAAACAGGCCGCUAAAGCAGCAAAAACAGUCAAAUAUGGGAGUAACGUGGAUGGUAUAUCAACAUGUGAUCCUGAACAGUAUGCGAAAAGAUUUGUCGAAUUUAUGGAUAAGGCUAUUGAGUAAAAAUAAUAAGAAAACUUUAUGCGUAUCAUUGCCAUAUGUGCGCCCGUUUAAUUUGUGGUUUGACUGCGUAUUCAUGCAUGCCCAAGGUUUAUACAGUUAGGCUAAGCGAAAUUAAGAUGGAACAAACAUUACUAAUCCUCCUCUCCCACAACAGCAACAUAAAAAUACUACUAUUAAGAUAAUUUAAAAACAAGGUUAAACUCAUGAAGAUCAUGUAAGACCUAACGAGGCAAGCCAAAAUACACAAUAUAUAUAUAUAUAUGGCUUGAGUAAGAGUUACCAAUGGCAAACAUCAAAUUUCGAGACAAAGUUAAAUUUUAUUAUUUUAUUUUUUUUUUUUUUUAGUUCGUCGUCGUAUAAUUUUUCCAUAUUUCUUUAUUUUUAUUGAGCAUGGUUUAAAAUAGAUUUUAUAAUUAAUUUAUUUAGUGAGAUGUAAGCGGAAUUAUAUAGUGUUAGGCUAAUAACAACUAAUGAUUCAGAUUUUUCAAGUUGCCUGACAAAUGCAUUUCACUUUUGACAAAAAACUGAGAUUGGUAGCUCCAAAUAAAGCCAUUGAUAUUGAAGUUAAAUAUGUGUAAAUACAUGUGUAUAUUUAGAUAUAUGUUGAAUACAUAUAUUUGAAUAAAUAUAAAUAUAUGAAAGUGAAUAUAAAUUACGUUUAUUUUUCGUUGUUUUCACAAACCAAGAAACUAGAUCAUGUUGAACUGCUAGCGAUAUAAAACCUCUUAAAGGCUCAAUAUUGACAUUUUUAGUUGAAAUCGGGAUUCAUGGCCAAUGUUAUUUAUGGUAAAUCCUAAAGCUUGCUUUUAAACAAAAGAAAUAUAAGAGCAAAUAAACUACAUACCGAAAAAAUGUUAAAGUAUGAAUAUAUUAAAUCUCGACUUAAAUGAAAAUAAAAUAAAAUUUCCGAUGUACAGCACCAAAACUAUUAAAAAGGAAAGAGUUAUCAAUGAAACAUUCAACUAUGGACUGCAUUUAAUUUAAAGCAAGGAGAUUAGAAAUUUCGAGGAAAAUUCUGGAAGAAAAACUAUUUAAAAUUCGCGAGAAGGGAAAACAAAGUUAGAUACAAGCUUGACGAGUUUAAUUUUUUAAUUGUGUGCAGAAAACAUAAACAGACACAAAUACAUUAAGAAAAUGGAUAUAUGAUUAAGAUGAAAUAUUUCAAAAUGAUAACAGUUAAGAAAAAUAUCAGUGAAAACAAACAAAGCAUAUAAUGUGGAAGUUUAGUUGAGUUAUCUGUUUAGUUUUCGUUUAUGUUCAAUGUAAUUUUAUAUUAUUUCGGUUAUUGUUACGAAACAAAUAAUUUUGAAAAAAAAAAAAUGAAUAUAUUCUGAAAAAAACAGGAUAA